CAAGGGGCCAAGGGAUGAGCUGGGGCCCUCCUUCCCAAUGGCAUCUCCCCCUGGUCUGGAACUGAAGACACUGAGCAAUGGUCCCCAGGCCCCAAGGAGACCAGCUCCUCUGGGCCCAGUGGCCCCACCCAGGGAGGGCGUGGAGAAUGCCUGCUUCUCCUCAGAGGAGCAUGAGACCCAUUUCCAGAACCCUGGGGACACCAGACUGGGCAGCUCCCCCAGCCCCCCUGGGGGUGUCCCCUCACGGCCCCGAUCCCAAAGGGACGAUCUGUCCCUGCGUUCAGAAGAGGGGCCAGGCCUGGAGCCCGUGAGCCGCCCGGUGGAUUACGGCUUUGUUUCAGCUUUGGUUUUCCUGGUGAGCGGGAUCCUCCUGGUGGUGACCGCGUACGCCAUCCCCCGCGAGGCCCGUGUCAACCCGGACACAGUGUCGGCGCGGGAGAUGGAACGACUAGAAAUGUACUACGCCCGCCUGGGCUCGCACCUGGACAAGUGCAUCAUCGCGGGCCUGGGGCUGCUCACAGUGGGCGGCAUGCUCUUGUCCGUGCUGCUGAUGGUCUCCCUGUGCAAGGGCGAGCUGUACCGCCGGCCGACCUUCGUCCUGGGCAGGGGCUCCAGGAAGACUUAUGGCUCCAUUAACCUGCGCAUGAGACAGCUCAAUGGGGAUGGGGGCCAGGCCCUGGUGGAGAACGAAGUCGUCCAGGUCUCAGAGACUAGUCACAACGUCCAGGGGUCUUAAGUAAGCGCCCACCCUAUCUGGCUGCUUCAGCUGCAGGGCUUCGAGGUUCCCAAGGCUGGGGUUUCAGACUGAGCUCUGCGUAGGGCCCUGUGGAAGGAGUCGUGGGUGCCGGAGGGGGAACUGGCCCAGGUUUCACCUGGGAGAGCAGCCCCCUGAUCUGUUUUGUAGCUCGAGGUUUUGCAUAAGGUUUUGUUUGAAGGAUGGCUUCUGCUGCUAAAAAUACAAAAGUUUGGAAACUGCU